CUACAAACAACUUACGAUGGAUUCUAUCAAAUUUCGUAAUUUCAAACCUAUCAAGCUUCCUAAGAGCUAUCGCACACCUAACCAGGCUACCCCAUCGGUUCCUGAGCCGCUGAGAAACAUCACAAUGCGCCAGAUGUGGAAAGCAUUGGAAGAAGGAGAAACCCCAACGCCUACAUCGGAACAGCAGGAGGAGCUGGAAAUUAUCGGCGAAACUCCCUCCAUCUAUCCUUCCAAUGAUGAUUACUUGGUCGAUAUUUUUAAAGUGCUGGUAGAGGAAAAAAAAAUAUCGUUACGUCAAUUCCUAUCAGAUGUAUUUGAAUCGCGCCAUAGGGUCGUCCAAGGAAGCGUCAGGAGAUUUUAUGCUAAUAGCGGUCCUGCUUCCAUAGUCGAGACGUGGAAAUCGCAAUUGGAAUCCGAAAAGGCUCAUAAUAAGGCAUACGACGAUCUCGGUCGGGCUGCAGCAGACAUUGUCGUUGAUGGCGCAAAACGUGAACUCGAGGAGCUCACCAAGACCGAUGACCUGAGGCUUCCAGCCAAGAAUUUGUCCCCCAAGGUGGUCCAGGAAUUUUCAUUAAAUUUAAUUAAUAAGAAGUUGGAAUCAGCACCCCUGCUCUUCAAAAUCAUCUCCAAUUUGACAUCGGUCAACCCUUACUCCAUUGAAAAAGCACCAGCAAUUCGUGUCACUAUCGUUAGCAUGUUGGUGAAACUCUGUUCCCAGAAGUCGAACUACUUGCAAAUGAUGAUGGGACUUCAUCUGCAUGCCUCGGGAUGUCCAAAGCGUGUGAUAAAUUUGCUCGCUGUGAGUGGUCUAUCGGUGUCACAUAUGACGAUCUGCACAGCCCUCAGAUCGUUAACAAGGAAUUCUCUUCAGGAGGUUCGUUCCCAAGUUAGGAAGCGCCCAUGGUACUUGCUGUAUGAUAACAUUAAUAUGGCCAAUCGGAAAUAUGACCAGCGCAGCAAUAACUUAGACUCCUUCGAUAAUGGGACCACCGCGACCAUCGUGCUCGGCGAGGAUAUUGGGCCAGAUCAAGAUCAAGAUGUACUUCCCAUCUCCAUUUGCACCCUUAUUCCAAGGCAAUUGCACUCAAGAGAUGUCACUCGGUUCCAUUUGAUCGACGUUCUUCAGCGGCAUUUCACCACCUACGACUGCUCGAUGGAUGCCCCUUCAAUAGAGCCCCUUGAAGUAAAGGAGACAAAAACAUACCCGUUGCCUGCGUUGAAGAUCGAUCAAUCAACUAUAUCAGGCAACAUUGAGAUCCUUGAGACAAUAAUGAGAGACACGCUUCAGCUGCCUGAAGAGUGGUUCACCGACUAUACAAAAGUUAUAGUUGCGGGGGAUCAGCUUACCAUAUCCAGAAUAGCAUCCUUGCAAGAGCUACGCAGAGAAGAUAGAACAAGCUUCGAUCGAAUGCAAUGGGCGAUUCCUGUGAUACAGCUCUUUCACCUCCAAAUGGUUCUCUGUGGUACAAUCCUUCGUACUCAUUAUGGGUCCUUUUCAUCACCAGGGUCUCUGGGUUUUAUUAUAUCCAUGCUGGGGCGAAAGCGACUUGGCCGUGAUACAUCCAACUUUCACGCCGCAGACGAACUGAUAAGGCAUACUUUCGAUGCAAUGGUAAGACGGCUAUGGGAAGUUGAGUUUGGGCUAAAUAUCAGCGACAUGCAGGCUUAUGAGUGCAGGCUAGAGAACUAUGGCAAGUCGGACAAUAUUUUAGGCAAAGUUUGCGAAGGGGUCGACGCUGUCAUACAAAAGUGGUUGCGCAACGCACAUCAGAUCGCCGAGGAAAGCGGCAGUGCGAAUGCAAACGCGGCUUUGUUUAUCAGGGAUGCUCUUGUUUAUAUCGAAUUGGGUGCAGCCAUAAAGGCUGGGGACAUCGGACGCAUCCAAGAUGUGCUGGGAACGAUAACCGUCAUGUUUCAAGCUGGAGGAAUGAAAAACUAUGCAGGCGAGCUCUUGCGUUUGACAUAUGGGAUCCACUACGGCUGGUCUGCACAACGGAGGAAGGCUAUUUUGUCCUCCUUGCUGAUAAAUACGAAGGGCAAGGAGAAUGGGAGGAUCCCUGCGGAUUUGUACCAAGAGCACAAUAACCUGCUGACAAAAGUCAUUCAUGCAGCGAAGGGAAGCAAUAUGUCCUGGGAGACAUUGGCCAAUUCAAUAUCUACCAACAUUCGUCUGUUUUCGAAGCUCAAGUCGGUGCUCGAGUCACAGUACAACAUGAUUCCCAACAGUACUCGACACUCACCAGUUUCUGUCGAUGAAGAUAUCAUAAGAAUUGUAGCUCAUCUUCGUGACUAUAAUAUUCUUGGCAGAGGUUCCUGUCUGGGCAGCAGCCAUAUUCCGAUUACCACAGAUUUGUAUUGCGAAGGCUUUGAAAAGCUGGUAGCAGGACGCUUCCAAAACAUUGUUAAGCACAUUUCCGAACGAAAUAGUACCGAAGACAUGGCGACUGUUCUCGCAAGCCUUGCGAUAGAAGAUCAACAGGUGGAGUCGUAUAUCAUCUCAAGUACCACUUCUACUGUAUCAUUUUGUAAUUUAUUAUUGUCUGUAUCAUAUUGCAAUCUAUUGUCCUAAUCAUGUUCAUCACAUUGUAAUUUAUUGUAAUACCAUUCUAUUGUAUAUAAUUCAGUGUAGACUAGGUUCCUUCUUUUUCAUAAUGGUUCUUUUAUCUUCACCCAUUUAGUCUUAUUUAUUGUAUAAAUAUCGUCUUUGUCGUCAUUUAAUAAAAAUCGC